GAAUUUCUAAAAAGUGGUUUAAGAUUAAAAAAAUUUCUUAUUCAACAGAAAAUAUGGAAGAAACACCUUUAAGUAACAGCAUUGAUGACAACAACAAGGUAAACGCCAACGAUAUUGAUAUGUUCGUCGCUAACCAAUUUCUGGCACCCAUCGCCUGUUACGUCGAAUGUCCAUAUAUGCCAACCGAAGAACUUAACAACUUGUACGAUAAUGUCGAAAGUUUGCUGCCUCAGCACCAACUAGACAUUAAGAAUAUAUCCGAUAUGGAACUGACUGCGAGCAGUAAUUUCAAUUCGCAGUUGGAUGCUUCGACAGGCAGGAAGCCAAGGAUUCUGUUUAAAUGUAGCUUCUGCCCCAAGGAGUUUGAUGCUAGCUGGAACCGAAAUGUGCAUCAGCGUGGACACUUGAUGCAAGAGAAGAUCGAGUUCAAGUGCCCCGAAACCACAUGCGGCCGCGUCUACUAUAAAAAGCCCAGUCUGCUCUAUCAUCAGCGCACCAAAGGACACCAUGAUUGGAAGUUUCGUUGCAUAAACUGUAACAAGGCUUUUCAGAAGUAUUACAUGCUGAUGCGUCAUAUCAACUGCCAGACUUGCGUUAAAAGAUUUAUUUUAUACAAAAAAUGA